AUGGAUCCUGUCUUUCUCUCUGCUGGUUUUGUGGCUCUAGCGAUUGUCUAUGGGGUAUACCGUCGUUACACUCGUAUCUCUUUGGCAGGCGUCCCUGGCCCAGAGCCUGCAUCAUUUAUCAUGGGGAAUCUGAAAGAACUCUACCAAGGUCAGGCAGCGGAGGCUGACUUCAAGUGGCAAGCUAAGUAUGGGAAUAUUGUUCGUUUCAAGGGCUCUUUUGGCGAAGACCAAUUGAUGGUUUCCGAUCCAGCCGCCCUACAAUACAUGUUUUCAAAGUCAGGCUAUCGGUUUCCAAAACCACCCGAGCGCCGCGUCGUUUCCAAGAUGAUCAACGGAAAAGGAGUUACUUGGGCACAUGGCGACGAUCACAGACGACACAGAAAAAUAAUGGUCCCUGGAUUCAGCACAUCAGCAUCCAAAGCCUUCUUACUUUCAUUCAAGAACUGCGCCGAGUCUGUAGGCAUCAAAGUCACUCAAUUACCCUCGACACCCAUGAGCAACGAAUGGAUGGAGAUCAUUAGUAACUCGGGGGGAUCAGCGGUAUUCAAUGUUUCUUUAGGGCUGUCCCGCGCAACUUUGGAUGCUAUCGGCGAAGCUGCUUUUGAUAUCCGCUUUAGCUCCAUUGACAUAAACGAAAGCGCCCAGGCUCUUGCGCGCUCAUACAAUAGUGUAAUGAGUGACGUAUUUGGAUCUCCGUCAGAUGGGCAGAUACUCUUCCGGGAGCUCUCAAAGUAUAUCCCAGCUCAGAUUCUCGACUACAUCCAAGAGGUGGACAAAAGCCCACGUAUCACGCGCAUUCGAGAGAUGGGUAACAUGGCAACAUCUGUUGCAAAGCAGUUGGUGGAAGAAAAGGCAGAGAUGCUAUUGCAGGGCAAGGGCAACCGAGAUAUAUUUAGCCUACUUGUCAAAGCCAAUAUGGAUACAGAUGCAAAGGAAAAGUUAACGGAAGAGGAAUUGUUUGCUCAGAUGCGCACUAUCCUCUUUGCAGGUCACGAUACAACCUCGAACACUAUCAGUUGGGCGCUUCUCGAGCUGGCCAAACAGCCCAAGAUCCAAUCCCGUCUUCGAGAAGAGAUAUGGGAAACAGAAGCUGCUGUGCAUGCACGCGGGGAUGCCAAUUUCACGAUAGCUGAUUUUGACGCUAUGCCAUAUACUACUGCUGUGAUGAAAGAAGUUCUGAGAUUUUCUUGUAUCGUAUAUCAUACGUACAGAUGCGCCAGUCAAGAUGACGUCCUUCCGUUGUCACAGCCGAUCACCACGCGAUCUGGGGACGUCAUCCAUGAGCUACCGAUCCCGAAGGGUACCCGGAUUGUCGCAUCAAUUGCAGCAUACAACCGAAACAAGGAGCUUUGGGGCGAGGAUGCACACGUAUUCAACCCGGAUAGAUGGCUCAAUGGAACAGCGAAGGAGAAGAAGGUGACGUCAAUUGGGGUGUACUCCAAUCUGAUGACAUUCAUCGGAGGAGCGAGGUCGUGUAUUGGAUGGCGCUUUGCGGUGAUCGAAAUUCAAGUAUUUCUUACGGAGAUAAUAGGAAAGUUCGAGUUCGCCACAAGCGACAAAACCGAACGUAUUCGGCGGGAGGCUUGCUUGGUGAUGGCUCCAAUAGUAGAAGGUGAAGUUGAGAAGGGGGUUCAACUGCCGUUGAGGGUUUCACUGGCACCACGCACUGGUAAGGGAUGCUAA